AUGGCUGGAGUUGUUCAGUGGAUUGAUGGUCGGGCACAUCAGCCACAUGUUGUUGAGAAAUGUUGUCCUAGCAUACACAUCACACAGAACCAGUGGGACGAUGAUUGGAACAAAUACUUCAGUGAUAGUCGACAUCAAUAUCCUCAUAUCUCUGACUAUGAGUGUGUUUUCAGCCAUCCUUUCAUGGCUGAGUGCAUGAACUUAAAGUAUGGUCUACCAUGGCAGAACCUACAAGCAGCAAAACUGAAUGGGACCAGCGUCCCUUUCGUCGAUCUAGCGCACUUCACUAUACCAGUCAGAGCAGAUAGUAUCAUUGAUGAUGGGGGCUUCAAGGGAGGAAUGAAGAAAAUCAACGAAGACGAAAACGGACAUGAUAUCGAAGCAGAGUUUUCGUGGUGGAGUCCGAAGUUUUCGGAGAACGAAAUCGAUCGUGUACGUGAUACCCUGCGUGCAGCCAUAGAGCCUUUUCUUGGUAAAGAAAAUGAUAAAGAAGAAGUCGUAAGUCAAUUCGCUAAGUCUCACGCCUUCAUACCAAGUUCGGAGCGGUAUGGAAGUUCCUAUUUCCAGUAUGGCUUUGAAACGUUAUGUCAACAUUAUGUUGAAAAAUACCGUAAGAUUGGGGAGGAAAAUUCGCUCCAAUUCAAGAUAUUAGGAACAUACAUUUACAAGAAAGAGAUCAUGCAUGCUGUUCUUGUUUGUAGCGACAAAGAUGAACAGUUUUCGGAUUACCCCGACGUCGCUGAUGAUGAUAAUGAUGAUGGCAACAACGAGGGGGUAGUAACGCGCGACUACGAUGGCAACUGGGUUUGGAAGCCCCAAGCAACCGCUACAGAAAUUGUACGUCUUCCAGAUUGUUUGCAAAGCUUUCCCAUAUACCGUAGAUGGGAACAUUUAGCUUUUGCAUUUUAUACACCGAACGGGGUCUUCAAACUCCCUGACUUAGAAGAACAUCGC